CGCUCCGGCGACGAAGUGGCCAAAUGCAAGCAAGUCUACUGCGACCCGUCGUACGUGACCGACCGCGUCAACAAAGUGGGACAAGUGAUCCGUUGUAUUUGUCUCCUCAACCAUCCCAUUCCCAACACCAAAGACGCCCUCUCGUGUCAGAUCAUCAUUCCUCAGAAGCAAGUCGGACGCAAAUUCGAUAUCUACGUAUCGCUGGUUUCGUUCACACAUCAAGUGGCGGCCAAGGGUUGGUUCGUCGCAAUGGUCAGCACCACUGUUGAGACUAAUAAUCCCGAGGCAGAGAUUAAGCCCGGAUUAGAUCUUUUGGGACCAAUCAAACAAAAGUUUGUUUCUGUGAGCGAUCUCUACAAGCCGUUAGACGACGGCAAAGAGAAUCAGAUAUUUAUAUCGCAAUCGUUUGACGCGACGUCUCAUUUCGAGACCACGUGUUCCGAUGUUCUCGAUAUCUUCAGACGUGGAACCGGAGAGGACUUUGAUUUCUCGAAAGUGAAACUCGAUUUAAACGAUGACCAGUGAGUGCUUCACUAAUUGAUUCACCACUAGAUUUAAAUUUCUUUUUCUUUAAUAUUUUUAAUUACCAAUAAUUUGUGAAACAUUUAUAUUAUUAUUGUAUGAAUUUAUUAUUAAAUGAAUGAGAUAUUGGAAUUUGGAUCGCAUUUUAUGUUGAGUUUAAGCUGUUUUUGACCAUUUAUUCAAUUUUUUGACUAAAAAAGACUUAUAUUAUUGAUAUUUCCGUAAAAUGUAAAUCGAUUUGAAUGAACAUGAAUUCAAGUG